AUGAACGGUGCUGAAUUCUAUACAGGCUGCCGAGUGUUAGCUAAGAGAGAAACAGAUGGGUUCUACUACUUGGGGACAAUAGUACACCAACUACAGGAUAGAGGAGGACUCUUUAUGGUGACAUUUGAUAAGCCUUUGGCCAAGGAGGACACCACAGCAGAAAUGAUAUUGCCUCAGUUAACAUGCCAACCUGACAUGAUAAAUAUUACUAAGGCACAUGGGCACAGCAUUGUCCCAGGGGACACUGUGUUGGCUCCUUGGGAUCCUCAGAUGAGAAAAUAUGGUCCUGGUAGAAUUGUAUCAGGCACUGAACUAAGAAAUCAACUGAAAGAUGGAGAGGGUCAUGGGCUCAUGGUUUUGUUUUGGAAUGGAAUUCAAACACAUGUUCCAAAAGAUCUGGCAUUGUGGAUACCAGCCUCUCAUCAUGAGCAAAUUAUCAAAGAACUGCAGUUGUAUGUAUUCCGACCAGAAUGCUCGAGAGACCAUCAUUGCAGCCACAUGAACCGGAUGCCAGCUUGCUGCAUAAACCACUGUGUUUCAGCAACUACCUCAUAUUACCAUUGUCCCAUUCAGAGCUGUCCUCUCUUAAACUCAUCCUUUCUUAUGAACAAUUGCUGGAACAAGGAGAUAAAGGCUGACCAAAUGAAGGAACUACCAAGCUCACAAGAGAUAAAGAAGGCUUUAUCUUCACCCUCUUCUUCUGACCUUAGUGAAGAUGAGGACGAAGUCAAGGAUGAAAAUUUGAAUUCCACAGGGUUAGAGUCGGUGAGCCGCUCAGUGAACACAGACAUAUCAUGCCUGAAAAAGUUCUAUACUGAAAUGCAGAGUAGACCUGCUUGGAGGUACUGGAAAAGAGGAUCCCCUGAGCCACACCACAAAAAGCCAGGGAGAAUCGUCAAGCUUCUAAAUGGAAGCGAUACAUGGUCUGAGAAAAACAGUGAUUCUGGGCAUUCCUCAUGUAAUUUUGCAACCACCAAUUCCAGUUCCUUAUUUGAAAUGGUUCCCAAUACAGCAAGAAAAGAUGUGACAAUGAAAGAAGUAUUUGACUGGACUAAGCCAAAAUCACAUCUGAAAGCAGUGACACCACUGGCAUUUGCCUUGUACACAAUUUCAGCUAAACCAAUCUGA